GACUUAGGUUGGAUUCACGAUAUUCUGCUUUCCCAAUAUGAAGAACCAGGAUGAUUUAAUGGCACUUCUCAUGUGGACUGUAUUCACCUUUUACCUGGAUGAUUUCCUUGAGAGCCAAACUACUAAGCUGCACUAUUGGGUGCGAAUAUGGGAGCAAAAGAUAACGGCUGGUCACUCGGUUGGAACCGACUUUUUGGAGCUGUGUUUUAAUGAUUUACGCGCCCGAAUGAACAAGGUACUUUCCGAGAAAUUGAUUGUGAUGCACAAUUCAUGGUACAUGAAAUAUCUGAAUUUCCACGUUGACACCGAUAAAGUUAAGAAUGGCGAACACUUAUCUACAUUCAAAGAGUACGAUACAUUCAUAAUGUUAAAGAUAUUUUUGCGUCACACGUCACUCGGAGGUAUGGUGUGGUGGGAAAUUCACUCUCGACUCAGCGGCGAGUCUCACAGUUCAACACUACUGUUGGAGUGA